GGCUGGGGUUAUUAAAGAUAAUCUGUGGCUUCAAAAAGAGAUGGGAUGUCUGGGAAUGACAGCAAUGCCCUUACCUCUGGUCUUUCAAGCAAGUGAAGCCCCUCACCGGCUCUUGGCUUCUGCAGCCUCAGAUGAUCAGUGGAGCCAUUCGCUGUUUGCUUUGAUACCCUCAUGGACAAAGAAGAUUUUGUUCAAACGAGAGUCUUCUGUUAACCACCAACUGGCUGAAGAUGUGUCUAAUAUGUCAGUGUCUUCUGGAUUUGGAAUAACCCUUCAGAAAUGUGGUGUGGUGGAUGUUGAACAUGACCCUCAAACUGCAUACAUUACACUUCUGAUUAAUAACACCAAUACGCUGCUCUCAACAAACAUUACAGAUCUUAUCCUCCUGGACAAUAUCACUGGUCUGCAUGUUCAAAAAAAUAGUGGUAAUAAGACCACAGAUGGCAUACAGAUUUACAGGAAAAGGUUCUUGCAAGGUGGAGAACACUUUGCGAUCAACUACUCUGCACUUCCUGAUGCAAAAGAAAUGUGGGAUGGCAGGGUCUUGACACUGCCUGUGAAGCUAACUUUCAGGAGUUCAUCACAGAAUAAAACACAUCUCGUAUCAUUGACAGCAUCGUUCACCAUAACUGAAGAAGAAAAGACCAAGAUUUCGUACAGCUAUGCCAUCCAUGCUUCAGGGUUCUUCAUUGCUUUUUUUGUUUCCCUUGUAUUGACAUGUGCUGGUUUUUUCAUUGUUUACCGAACCCAAAUACUAAAAUGGAGUUUCCAUAGUAAAGACCAGGAGAUACGGCAUGAACUCAGUCAAAAUCACAAACUGGAGCAUUCUCCGUUUAAUUCACGUGAUCUCUUUAGUGAAGAUAUAAUUAUGAAUGACCAAAUCAUUGAUAUUCUGUCCUUUGAAGAAUCUGGGAACAUGCUUCAGGCUUUAGAAGACUUGGAGGUUGCCAGCCUGACACGGGCAGAUGCUGAUCUGGAGGCAUAUCGAACGCAGAUAUGUAAGGAAGUGAUUGCUAUGAUGAUGAAGAACAUGGUCUUAAGUCACAGCCUCUUUCCUCAUGUGGAGAAGAGGAUGAGUUCAAUUUUCAAAAAGCAGUUUCUUGCAAUGGAGAAAGAGAUUCAAGAAGAGUAUGAAAGGAAGAUGGUGGCUUUAACAGCUGAAUGUAAUUUGGAAACUAGGAAGAAAAUGGAGGCUCAAUGCCAAAAAGUGAGAGCUGCAAAUGAAGAGGCUGAGGAAUUAAUGAAGAAAAUGAAUGAAAAGCCUGCUGUAGAAUACAGAAGUCUUCUGGAUAGACUUCACAGGCUGGAGCAGGACCACCUGAAGAGGUUGCUUCUGAUAACAAAUGCUACUUUCAAGGGAGAACUGAAGUCAGAAGCAGCUAAAACAUUAGUGGAAGGUUACUCUAAAAUACAGGGAGACAUUGAAGAGCUAAUGGAUUUUUUGCAAGCUAGCAAGAAAUAUCAUCUGCAUAGAAGAUUUGCUUACAGAGAGUAUCUUAUAAGUAAGACACAGUUAAGGGAUUCUCAAGCCUCUACUCUUAUAAAUGCAGCAGCAACCCAGAUAUUAAGUCUCAUUAAUAAGGUGGAAAGAGCAGGUCAUCUACCUGAAAGUCAUUUGGGAGUGCUGCUGGACCGAGCUGAGGCUGAAAUUAAUUCUCUUAAACAGAAAUUCGAUCAUGAUUUAAAACAAGAAAAGCAAAAGCUUCGCCAGAAACUCAUUACCAAGCGAAGGCGGGAAAUGCUACAAAAGCAGAAAGAGCAUCAGAAGGAGCAGCUGUCACUUGGAGACCCCUUCAAAACUACUAAGGAGGUCACUCACUACCUGAGCCACUGGAAAAAUCAUCUGAGUGAUCACACCAUUGAAUUUGAAGAACUUAUUGAAAAGCUUGACAAUGAGGCCAGUGAAGAGCUGAAAGAGCUUCUAUUUAGUCUAACAGAGAAAACUGUUGAAGACCUUAAACGUAUUCAGUAUGGAGUAUUUGUGCAAGAACUGGUAAAGCUCAGUGUGCCAAAGAUGUUCCUGCUGGAAGCUGUGGAGGAGCAUAAAAAAGAGAUGGUUGUUAAACAUGAACAGCUUGAAAGGGAAGAGUGUGACAAGAGUACGGCCGCUGAAGAGCUGCUUCAGCUCACCAGGCAGAAGCUGAGCCAAGAACUGGAAACGAGCCUUUUGGAACAAAAAAAGUUAAGGAGCUGGGAACAAUCAGUAUUCAUGCAACUUCUAAGUUUACCCCUCUCGCUAUCGGAAGAGGAAUUGCUUAGAAUGAGGCAAGAGUUGCACUGCUGCUUCUCUCAGGUGGACAGCAGCUUGGCUUGGCCCAAGAUAAGAGCAAACUUGCUUCAGGCUUUCGAGGUGGAGCGGAGGGAUGCAGAGAUGCUGAAAGUCGAUCAGAAUUUAGCAAUGACCAAUAAACAGCAGCAUUCUAAAAUGAAAAAAACAGGAUCCAGGAAUAGAAAUAAGAUAGAUAUUCUGAAGAAAUCUUUACAGGACAAAAUUUUCAUUUAUGAAGACUCGGUGAAAGAUGAAUAUUUGAAUAAGGUUAAGUACGAGUUGCUGCUUGAGAAACAGUGUCAGCUGCAUGAUCUGGAAAAUAAACUUGGAGAGUAUAUUGCUGCUUUAGCCUUUCAAAAGACUGGUAAAAAAUCCAAAAUGUUGGAGCUGUAUACUGCUAUCAUAAGUGUACAAGCUUUGCUCUUUGAACAACUGAGCACGUCAAAAACCCUGUCAAAAUUGGAAUGUAUUCAGAUUUUAGAAGCACAUAAUCCUGAGAUUGAAGAACUUGACAGGAAGCUGGAGUAUGAGAUGUUGCAUAAGGAGUCAGCUCAGCAGCAGCAUCUAAUGAGUAGGCAGAGGUGGACUCUGGAUGGACUGGGACUUUCAAGUGAAGCUGUGGAAACGAAUGCAGACAGACAGGUGACAGUUCUGCUAAGACAGGCCAUGAAUGGAUGUAGGCAAUUUAUAAAUCUGCACCAGCAAAGCUUGAGAGAUGAACAGUGGAAUUGCGCAGUGCUUGAGGAUCUCCUGGAAAAUAUAGAAAUGGAUGCAUUUUUGGCACUUUAUAGUCAGGAGCUCCGACUGGCAGGUUAUUUAGCUAAACUGACGAGGGCACCGAUGGGGCUGUUGCACAGGAUCCUGAACUUGUUGCUGCCCUCCAGCUCACAAAGUGAGGUUCUUUCUGUCCUCAAUUCCAUCAGUAAAUAUUCAGAUGGUGUUGCUGAAAGUGACAGUAAUACAGAUGAGUCUGGCAGCUGUAAGAAAAGGAAGAGCCAAGAGUUGUGGCAAGCACUGGAGAACAAAGUAAGGCAAGACCUGAUAAACAGAAGUUUGGAAAAGAUGCCUUCUCUAAACAAGAGAAAAGACAGCUUGGUAAAGAAGAAGCAACUUGCCCUCUUGGAAAAAGCAUCAUUCAUUCAUCUUGGAUGUUCGCCUAUGCAUCCUCCUAUGGAACAGUCCGAUCCACCUGUUCCUUUGAACACUGCAACUGCUGAAGCCAUAGAGCUAUUAGACACAGGGGAGAAGGUAUUUUUGUUUCGUGAGCAGAGUGAUCCAGUACUUUCUUUGCAUAAUUCUCCAAGGAAAAAGAAAAAGAACUUUCUUAAUGCCAAAAAGGCUGCUCGUGCAAAUAUGGACUCAUGAGGGCAACUGCCAUUCGAAGUAUCAAUUAGGGAAGAGGAAGUUAUUUAAAAUUCAGUAAAAUAAUGAGAAAGAAUGAAGUGUGCAGUUCAAAUAACACAUGUGUUUCUUUAAUCUCAUUUGUCUGACAUUGUAAAUAGCUGUAAUUUUAGAAUGGCGCAGUUAGCAGUGUGCAUUGUGCAUUUUUUAAUUCUUGUCAGCGUAUGAUGCAGUAGAUGAAAUAUGGGUGUUUUAUGAUGCACAUGCUGGCAGGCAGGACUCGGUGUUCCUUCAGUACAUUUUGAUCAUUUUUGCACUGAUUUUACUGUAGCUGUAUUUUCAUAAUUUAUGUAGAAAGGUUAUUUAUUAUAUAAAGUAAGUACUGAUUUACUAUUCUUGUAUUUAUAUAUUCUUGUAAUAAGCUGCAGUAUAGCAGAUGACAUGAAGAGACGAGGUGGAUGACCCACAAGUCCUCAUUUCUCUGAUGUUCUGUUAUUCUAGCUAAUUUACAGUUUAAUGUCGUGUUCUUAAUAGGCUUUGAAUGUUACUUGUGCAGUCUGUGUUCCACAGGGAUAGCUAGUAGUCCAGAUCUUCAGCACAUACAUACGUACUUAGCCUUGCAUCCUGGAAUAAAUUCAGCUUUUCGCUACGUCAGUUGAACUACGGGUGUGGCUGCAGCUCAAAACUGUGUUAAAUAUUUGCAACCUGUUGCAGUCUUUUUCUUGGUGAACCAGUAUCAUCACACUUGCUCAGUAGAAAAGAGAAAAAUGUAAAAGGGCAUGUAAUACCUUCAAAAGCUUUUUUGAUUGCAAUGCUGCCAACUGUCACAAUUUUAAGUGGGUAUUUUUGAAGUUCUUAUUCCUGGAUUUCUUUAAAUUGAUGAGAAUAUCAUUUUACAUUUUGAAAAGAGUUAAUUUUUAAACCUUUCCAGUUGACAGAAAGAAGUCUGUAAAUAUGAACCCUAAAAAAAGGAACAGGAAAAGGCUAAUUAAAAGAAACACAUAUAUUGUUAAUAUUUCAUGAUAUUCAAGCCUGUUUUGAGGUUUUUUGGAAUGUAUUUGAAUGCUAUGCUCUGAGGCUACUGUGAUCAUAUAUUUUGCAUUUUUUCAUGUAUGGAGUUUCUGUGUCUCUGUAUUAAUAGGGUGCCAAUUUCAUUUUAAAAAUUAAAAUGUUGCAAUGUA